GGGGGGGUGGGGGGGGCUCCGGGCCUGCACAACUCCAGUCCAGAGAUUGCUAUCGCCCAGAGGCUGGCCCACGAGCCAAUGGAAGAGAGCUUUGCUGGUUGCUAAGGAAACCCCAAGCGGCAAGAUGGCAGCCGCCGGCCAUGGGAGCCCGAGCUCCAGCCUGCCUCGCCGGGACCCACCGAGGCCGCCGCGGGACGGUUAUGGUGUCUACGUGUACCCGAAUUCUUUCUUUCGAUAUGAAGGAGAAUGGAAAGGAGGAAAGAAACAUGGUCGGGGGAAGCUGCUGUUUAAAGAUGGGGGCUAUUACGAAGGCGAGUUCACGGACGGGGAGAUCACAGGGGAAGGCUGCCAGACCUGGGCCUCAUCAGGGAACACCUAUUCGGGACAGUUUGUUUUGGGAGAACCUCAAGGACGUGGCGUCAUGAAGUACAAAGCUGGUGGAUGUUACGAAGGGGAGCUCUCCCACGGCGUGAGAGAAGGAUACGGGCGUCUGGUGGACCGGGAUGGACAAGCCUACUGGGGGUGGUUCCAUGACAACCAGCGACACGGCCAAGGACACAUGGUCUUCCGGAACGGUGACGAGUACGAAGGCGACUGGGUCCGGGACCAGCGUCAGGGGCACGGGGUGCUGCGUUGUGCCGACGGCUCCACCUAUGAGGGACAGUGGCACGGUGACGUCUUCAGCGGCCUGGGCAGGAUGACCCUCUGCUCCGGGGCCAUCUACCGCGGGAUGUGGAUCAAUGGCCACCCAGCGGCACAAGCCAGGAGGAUCGUGAUUCUGGGUCCGGAGGUGAUGGACGUGGCCCAGGGGUCUUCCUUCGACUUGAACGUUCAGCUGCAGCAGGACAGUGGGGAAGUUGCCGAGAGCGAGGAUGGCCGGGUUUUGAAGAUCUCGGCUGGCGUCAGGUACGUGCAGCUUCCGGCCUACUCAGAGGUCAGCUUUUUCAAAGUGGACAAGGACAACCCGGAGACACCCUUCCAGACCCCGUUUGGCUUUGAGUGCAUCGCCUAUCCUCUGUGGAGCCCCAAGUCUGGGGCCUUGGAGCCCAGAGCUGCCCUGGAAAGUGCCAGAGGAGAUCCACUGCUCCCCAGGAGAGACCGGGAGCCAGCAGUGGCAUCAGACACAUCUCGAGGCCAGAGGGACAUCCCCGGUGGCCCUCCCGGCGUCUGUAGACCUAACGGUCGCCAGCGUUUGCCUGGUUUUCCGGCUGGUUCCGCCUCUGCCCGGAGCACACAGCAACUCCACAAGCACCUGGCCCCACGGCUCCUGGUGCCUGACAGCUGCUGCCGUGGAUGCCCGGCCCGGCUUCUCCACGGAGUCCUCUGGAACCACUGCCGGAAGCAGAGCACUGGAGCUCCGGAGGAGAAGCCCGGGGAUGCGAGCCCCACUGUCCUGAGGACUGCAGGCGAGUGGAACAAGGUCGUGCCCGGUUCUCGGACGUCUGCCUUGGGCCCCCCCCGCCCGGGUACAGCCCCGUCCUCUUCCUGGACGACCCCCGUGAGAAGGCAGGUGGCAGGCCCAGAGGGGGCCUGGGCCCCGGCAGGACGCCCACCACGCAGGACCCGCCCGGAGGCAGCAGGCCUGACGGGGCGGCCACCGCAGAGCCCGCGGCUGCGGCCUUCCCAGCUCUGCAGACAGUUUACAGACUGCAGAAGGAGAAGUGUUUCUCCAUCCCCGGGGCACCCUGGAGGGCGGCCCCCCCCCCUCCCCCGCCACCUCGCCGGCCUGAGCCCGGCCGGGCGGGGGCUUCAGACGAACCAGACGACGGUGUCUUCAGAGGCUUAAUGAUUUAAAGAAACAUUUUAGAGGAAAUGAAUUGCUUUUCUGUUACAAAGAUGGGGAGUUUUCUCAAAAGGAUCCUUGCACUCAGUCAUGCAGCCCCAUCGGGGGUGAGGGGUGCUCCGCGCGCCAGGUCCUGGGGUCGCAGGGCCCGGGAGGACACCUGAGGUCCUGGGCAGGGUCUGGGGGUGGGCAGAAGCCAGGGCAGGGGCCCGGACAGGGGGGGACUACUGGGGACCGA